CCACCUAUUCGCUGUUUACGCGCCGCGUUUGCAGAAGAGACGAAGAAGAAAAUACUUCCGGGGACAGCUUCAGCCGGGGACAGGUCGGGUUGUCCAAGACGGGGAUUGUCCCCCGGAGAUUGGAGACGUCUACCCACCUUAAGCAAGCGAGCGGAUCUCAGGAUGGAGUCGAGUGGAAAACCUUCAGCGGCGCAGAUUGUGGUCUUAGCCACCAGCUCUGCGCUCACCGCCAUAUUUUACUCCAUUUACAGAAGCAGAGCCAAAACCGUCUCCCGUUUAAAGGAAGCCACCAAAGUCUCCAUUGAUCAGGAUUUGAAAGCCAUGCUGUCUGAGGCGCCAGGAAAAUGUGUCCCGUACGCUGUCAUAGAAGGUGUGGUGAGGUCAGUGAAGGAGACUCUGAGCAGCCAGUUUGUUGAUAACUGCAAAGGAGUCAUUGAGAGGCUGACGCUGAAGGAGGAAAAGAUGGUGUGGAAUCGCACCACUCACUUAUGGAACAGCACAGAGAAGGUCAUCCACCAGCGCACCAACACCGUGCCGUUUGCGCUCGGCUCUCACGACGACGACAUCGCCACCACGGUGCGGGUGGUGCGGCCCUUAGACGCCGCGGAGCUGGACCUGGAGGCCACCUACGAGAACUUCCACCCCACCGUCCAGUCCCUGUCCAACGUCAUCGGCCACUUCAUCAGCGGGGAGCGGCCCAAAGGCAUCCACGAAACGGAGGAGAUGCUGCGGGUGGGCGAGAGCGUGACGGGCGUGGGGGAGCUGGUCCUGGACAACAACCUGAUCAAGCUGCAGCCGCCCAAGCAGGGCUUCUGCUACUUCCUCACGCGGCAGGACUACGAGUCCCUGCUGAGGAAGCAGGCGAGCGGCGUGAAGCUGUGGAGGGUCCUGGCGCUGGCGUUCGGCCUCGCCGCCUCCUCCGCGCUCCUCUUCAUGCUGUGGAAGUGGUACGCUCACCGCCGGGAGAGCCGGAAGAGGCGCAGCGUCCUGGAGGAGUUCAAGGAGCAGCAGAGGAAGCGGCUGCGGGAGCUCCAGGUGGAGGAGAGCAGCGUCCCCCCCGCCGGCUGCACCGUGUGCCUGAGCCGGGAGCGCUCGCACGUCUUCCUGGAGUGCGGCCACGUGUGUUCCUGCGGCCCGUGCUACGAGGCGCUGCCCGAGCCCAAGAAAUGCCCCAUCUGCAGGGCGCCGAUCGACAGAGUGGUGCCGCUUUACAACAGCUGAAGCCCCGACGGUGACGGGUCACCUUCGCCGAGCUGGGCUGCUGCGGUCGAACGGGAAAAUCACAUUUGUAAGCUAAUUCCUAUCGAUUAGGACAUCGUGUCGUCCGCAGGGAGAAAACGGGGGUUUUUUUGUGCUCAGGCUUACAAAUAUCGAUCCAACCCGUCGUCACUUCCACAGCUGUGUGCCGGAGACGGUGCAGCUAUGCUCUGCAACACUUAAAGGGGAUUGUACGAACGAUAAAGCCUUCACUUUGUUGAUGCGACCCUGACUACGGGGGUAGUCACCGCUACAGCUAUAGUGGGUCUAAAAUGUUGUAUGAAAAACACAUAGUCAUUUAAAUACUUGUAUCAUAUACAGUUCAACGGGGGAAACGUGUGUUUCGGGGGAAAUAAAGUUGCAGUAACACGGUU